UUCCCCACCGGAAGUGAUUUUUUUGCCGUACCCUUGUAAGCUAGUAAUUUUAGUCGAACUGGUAAUAUUUUGAAUACUGGCGAAGUGCAUGGUUGUUUUAUACAGUUAUCUUCGCACUGAUAUUUUUAUUGUGACCUUUGUGCUAAGCUCUGAAGAAGGCAAAGGUAGAUACUGAUGUCAAACUGAGUUUGUCGACAUGGGAUAAUCGUGAACAUGAUGGAUAGGGACCUUCUUCAUCAGUCUUUGGGCUACCAUGGGCCUAAUUUACUGUCACUUCUUAGAUGUGAGCAGUAUGAGAAUCCGGACUUCCAGAAUCUAGCGGAGGAAACUGCCAGAGUCCUGCAAAACAGGAAGGAGAGAAGGUGCGAAUCCUUCGAGUUACAGCACUUUAUUGCUAGAAAGGCUGACCUUCUUUUUUCUUCCUCUUGGAAGACUAACUUACCACCUGUUCAUGAAACCACUGAAGAAACUGAAGAUUACUAUGCCAUUAUGCCACCAGUUGAGCUGUUUAUGGAUGUGCCAGACAAAAUCAGGAGAGAGCUUUUUUUUCGGGAUACUGAACGUGGUGAUAUUGUUGUUGGCCGUAUUACAUCCAUUCGGGAAUUUGGAUUCUUCAUGACUUUAAUCUGCCUUGGAGGCAGUCUUGGAAGAGAUAUCGAACAUCUGGAAAUCAGUGUGCUUUGUCCACUACGAGAUGUGCCAUCGCAUAGUAGCCACGAUGAUCCUUUAUCAUAUUAUCAAGUUGGAGAUCUUAUACAAGGUCUGUAUGCAGUUGUCUUUCAUCAUCAUAUAGGUUAUUGGAGGUCAUGUCUGAAGGUUGCAUUACUUUUUGCUGAACAGCUGCAGGGCUCUCCCUAUAAACAUUUUUUGGGAGAAGAUUAUGCCACUGUGAUACGAAAAAAGCAGUCAGCAUCAUGGGCACUAAAGUGUGUUAAGUCUGGAGUAGAUCACUUUAAAGCUGGACGUCAUGUUGAGGCAAUGAAUGAAUAUAACAAAGCCUUGGAAAUGGACACCAAUAAUGUGGAAGCAUUGGUGGCUCGUGGUGCUCUUUUUGCAACAAAAGGAAGCUUAAAUAAAGCCAUAGAUGACUUUGAGAUGGCAUUAGAAAAUUGUGCAACCCACAGGAAUGCAAGAAAAUACCUCUGUCAGACACUUGUGGAAAGAGGCAGGCAGUUGGAAGAAGAAGAAAAGUUAUUAAAUGCUGAAAGUUGCUAUAAAAAGGCGUUCUCUUUGGAUGAGACAUUUCAGGAAGCUGACGAUGCACUGCAGAAACUGAGAAAGCACAUACAGAAAUCUCUUGAAAAGAAAGAGAAAGAAGAAGCAAAAGAUGAAAAAUCAAAAGAGAAAAAAAUGGAAACGAGUGUUGAAAAAUUGCGUAAACUUUUAAAAGAAGAAAAGAGAGUUAAGAAAAGAAAAAAAAGAUUGACAUCAAGUUCAAGUGAUGCUUCCAGUGAUUCAUCUGUCACAUCAGUCUCUUCAUCUUCCUCAUCAAGUCACAAAAAAAGGAAGAAGCAGAAAAGAAGACACUCAGAAUCAUCCUACAGUGCCCAUAAACAUGCAACUAGAGUUUCUUCAUUUGAGGAAGAAUGCAGUAAAAAUGAGUUGUACCCACUGCCAGCUAAUACAUCAGCUUCUUUUCUCAUUCAAAAACAAGAGGUAGCAAAGCUUCUGGAAAAGCAUGCUAAGUCAGAGUUCAAAGAGGUGGAGAAAUGUCACUUGGAUUUCUCAUGUUCUGUAAAAAGUGAGGAUUAUUUUGAAGGUAGGUCUGAACACACCGUAGAACACCCUAAGAUAUCCAGAAAGCAUGAUAGCUUCAGUAAACACAAAAAAUCAAGUAAGGACAGGUGCUCUGAAAAGUGGAAGGAUUCUUCAGAAUCCUGCUCCAUAAAGGUGUAUGAAAAGGGCAGAUUGUAUGAUUCAAAACGGAAUAGAGAUGCAGAAGCAGAUAAUUCAGGACUACGCUGCAAAAAAUUUGAACAGAGUCAAAGGAGAUACUCAACUUCUUCAGCAGGAUCUGAAUAUUCCUAUAAAUCAUCAGAAUGCCAUAGGGGUGAAAAGGACUCCUACCAAAAUGACUCCAGCAACAAAUAUGAAAGGCAUAGAAAUAAUUCUACUGGAAGUGGGGAAGGCAGAAAAUAUCAAAGCAAUGACUCUUCCAAGUACAGAAAAACCGCAGGCCAUGACCGAAACUGGAAAGGUAGUAAUGAACGGGACUUGGGCAAAAAACAGACAGAAUAUAGUACAUCUGAAGGAGUUAAAAAACAACUUCCUCAGAAUUUAUUGGAUAUAUUUAAUCAAAUAGCAGAAUUUGAAAAAGAGAAGUAUAGUAAGCAGGUAAACAAACAAAACUGA